UAAAAUGUUAACCCCACCUGAGAUAUACUACAGACAAUGAGCCAGAGAAAGGUCGGAGCAAACGGCACAGCCUCCUAUGGUCAAAGCCAAUCAGAGUGGAGGUGUGGCCUUUGCCUGGGGGUAAAACUUACCACCCGAUGCAUUAAGCACUCAGAACCAGGCUGUUGUCAACGUGUCGGAGGACCUUCUUCUGUGGUAUUUUGUAGCAUUUGUCUUAAUUCCUCAGUCAGUCCAAUGAAUUCUAAAAAAAAAGAAUGGUUUACCAAGGUGAAAAAUUCUGUGAGCAGCAGUCCUGUGGCAUCAAACGUGGCGUUUGGGUUCAUCCUGGUAGCACUAGAGAAGCUAGUGGAGCUGGAGUUUGAAUGUCCUUGCAUCCCUGCAUGGAAUACAGCCUUUUCAGUAGCAUUGUUCAUCAUCCCUGGUCUCCUGGCCUGCUUGAUGAUGCUGAUUGUCCAGGAAUGCAGGUGCAACGCAACGUGCAGGGAAACAUUUUCCAUCUCCGCCUUAGUUCCCCUCAUCGAGUGGGUGAGUUUGCUGUUCAUGGACGGGCGGUACCUUGCUUGUGCUGCGACAGACUGGAACGGAACUUAUGUCCACAUUGACAAAGCGGAGCCACAGAAGUGGUGUGAGCCAAUCAAAGCGGGAAAUAGCACCACACAAGAAAAAGUGCUUCAGUCCAAGCAGUUAUUUGUGCUUUCUCAGGUAAUCGGAAUGAUCUUCUUCAGUGCUAUCUGUAUCGGUCUGGUCGUGUAUCUCGUCAUAAAAAGCUACACAGAGCAGAAGCAGAAACAGCAGACAGUGGAAGAAAGGGUUGAGCUCACCACUUUCAACUCAGAGCGCAGUCCAGAACGCCAGGAGGAGACCGACCUGGUCCCACAGACUGAAGACGACGAACAAACCUGACAGCAGUUGUUUUUAAAAUAAUUUCAAAACAUUUAAGAAUAUGCUUUUAAAGAAUAAAAAAGGUACAUUUGGACAAACUGUCUUCAAAGAUCACAGAUUUUAUGAUGUAAAAUAGCUUUUUUAUACAUAUUGAGGAAUUAUUAUCAAUAAAUAUCCACUCCUUCCUCACCCUGUCACCCGUUCAGCAACUUCCUCCUCAAUAAAGUUUUGGAAAAUCCUAUGAAAUAUUAACGUUUUCUGUUUUCUUUGAUUGUUUGUCAGUUUUGCUCCAGUCGAG